UUAGUUUAGGUAAUUAGACUUUGCAGUAGUUCGUGUCGUUUUUUAAGCUAUUCGCAUUGACUUGUUUUUUUUCUGGACUUCCAAUUUUAAAAGUUUUAUUAUGGAUGGCGAAACGACUGAAGAGGCAAAUGAGGGUGAAACUUUCGAGGGAGUUCUGGAAUCUAUUGACAGCAUGGGUGCUGCCCAGGUUAUGAUAAUCCUACUCAGUAUCGCCAUCGAAUGUACGGUUGGAAUGACUGUCAACUACUUCGUCCUGGAGAGCGGACCUCACUACAGCUGCCUGACGCUAAGCGACGCAUUGAAUUCCAGCUCCUACGGGGCGCCAUCGGUGCUGAGCUGCACUAACUCAACUGCGGCAUGUUAUAAUGAGACGGUUCCUGAUUUAGGAAAGUGCCCGUCUGCUGGGAAGGCAUGUACCAACGUGACAUAUUUGGAUGAUUACACAAGCAUUGUGACAGAGUGGAACCUGACAUGUGAUAAAUACUAUCUGGUGAAGCUCACUGCCAGCAUCUACUUCGCCGGGCUGCUCGUCGGCGCCAUUAUUGGGGGUCAGCUCUCGGACAUGUUGGGAAGAAGACCUAUCUUGUUGGCGGCAUGGACGGGACUAAUAGCUGCCCAGGCCUGCCUGGCAGCAGUCACUCUGUGGCCAGUAUAUGCAGCCUUACGUUUCAUAGUUGGUUUAUUUGCCGGAUGUUGCGCGACUGUCGCCACUAUUCUCCCGAUGGAGUACGUUGGUAUGAAAUGGCGCAUAUUUGUGGCCAUGAGGCUUGGUUGGGGAAUUUCUCACUUCCUCUUGCCUCUAGUUGCUUACUUUCUCCGUCCAUGGCAGCACUUGGCAUUAGGAUCGAGCCUCCCGUUCGCGCCUUUUCUACUUCUUUCAUUCGUUUUUCUACCAGAAAGCUCCCGAUGGCUCUUACAGAAGCAAAAAUACGACGUUGCCUUCAAAUGGCUAAAGUUUGUUGCACGGAUCAACCGCCGCCCCCCGCCAGAUUCCGCGAUCAUCCGUCGAAUUGGAAAGUCAUAUGCGGAGGCUCAAAAGGCGGCUGGCCAUUACACGUACGCUAACCUCUUCGCGAGCAAAACAUAUGCAUUGAGGUCAACGGUUCUUAUGCUUGGCUGGUUUACAUGUUCUAUGGUGUCAUAUGGUUUAAAGUCCCAGUGGGCAAGCUUGACCGGUUCCAUCUACAUCAACAUGGCAAUCGCUGCUGCCGCCAAUGUCUGCGUGCGCAUCGCUGCCCCAUUUAUCUUUAGCAAAACGGGCAGGCGUCCAAGCUAUGCGCUCUCAAUGGCGAUUCCAGUCGUGGCCAUGUUCAGUAUCUUGGCCAUGGACCUGGCUGGCUACAUGAAGGGACGCGAGAUGGUACGGACUUGGCUUGCAUUGGUCAGUUAUGCUGUGGGUGUGGGCUGUUGGAUCUCCGUCUUCAUCAUCACAAUGGAAAUUUAUCCCACUUUGAUAAGGAAUAUCGCGUCUGGUGCUGGUAACACCAGUGCCCGUGUAGCAGGCGUAUUAGCUCCUCAAGUAGGACUUUUGAAAGUCUUCCAUCCUUCUCUACCGUACAUCAUCUUCGGCACCAUGGCGGUGGGCGAGUCCAUUCUAAUGACUGUCUUCAUGCCUGAGACGAAGAACAAACCUCUGCCGGAGGAGCCACCACCAAGGUUUGGGAAGAAGGACCAGGAGGCAGGGAGAAGAGACAUUGGCGAAGACAAGGCGAUAGUGGUGGGGAGUUAUGUGUUAGACGGCGAGGAGAGGACGAACGGGGACAUUGGGCUUGGGGUGGAGAUGGCGCUGAUGGGCAACGGAUCUGACUUUGCCUUGCGUCGUCCAGACAGAAAUACAUAAUAUGCUGCAUUAUCUUUCCUUGAAGUUGUGACAGCCCCUGGCUGAGUUCACAGCAUGUUACAUUUUUCACAUGGCCUUGUAGCAGUCGCAUUUUUCUGUAUGGCGCUUAUCCAGUAUAUUUGAGCUAUUGAAUAAAGAUACAUGCAUCACUGACAGUCUUCUUUUCAAUAAUACUUUGCAAGUACCGUAGUAGGUCGACUAUAUGAUAAGCGGCAGUUUUUACGAGGGAUAAUAAAGCCAAUGCUGUAAAAAUGGUCAGGGGCCGUUGAAGCUGUCAAUAACAGUCCUUCCAGGUCGCGACAGCUUCUGGCCGAGUUUUCAGCACAAUAUAUUGGUGACGAAGACCAAAAAUAGGUCUGUUGUCUCCACUGUGAAUUCACCUUUCUUAUUUAGGUACCAGUUGUUUCAAUCAGAAGACUCCCAACUCAAGAUGCAGUGUAUUGGAGAACUGGAAUCUCUUUAUGGUGUGUCCAUCUGGAGC